AUGGGAGGGUCGGCAUUUGCCCCAGAAAAGCUGUCCACACCACGCAUGCCUCCCGACGUGUACAAUUCCACCCUUGCACGCGUGGAAGCACUACUGAGACCGCAUUUCAAACACGUCGGCCACGCCAUCGAGGCGCCCGCCAAGACUUCCUAUGGCGAUAUCGACGUCCUGGUUGCGGAGCCAGUUUCGGCGAUGGAAUCUGUGACAGGAGACUUUCUGGCAGAGGUGCUGGGCGCAGAGAAAUGGAAACGCACGGGUGGGAGUAGCACGUUCAAUCUUGCUUUGAGGUGGCCGCGGCCGCACGAGUUGGACUCUGAGAGAGUUGACCACGAUGCGGUCCAGAUGGUCGUGGGGUCUGGUGCCACGGUCACUCACAGGAGUGAACUUGGAGUCAAGGUCGAAGCAGCAAGAACAACUUCGAUUGAACCCAACACCGCAAGCGAAGACAACAUUCUGCACAUGGAAGGAAAUAGCAAAUCAGUCUACGGCUCACAUAACCAGACGGCAGACCCGAACUGCGACACUCUCACGACUACCACCGCAAAAAGCGACAAAUACGUCCAAAUCGACAUCACGGUAUGUCCGACGGCAUCGUAUCUCAGAUGGCACCUGUUCUUCCAGGCCCACGGCGACCUGUGGAACAUUCUGGGCAGCAUCAUCCGUCGACACGGAUUGACUUGUACGUCCAAGGGCCUUUGUCUGCGUAUCGCUGAAGUCGAAGCACACAACAAAGAACAUUCGCGUGUCAAGAUGACGGACGACCCCAGCACGGUAUUGGAGUACUUGGGGCUGGAUGUUGAGCGGUUCUGGAACCCGUUUGCGAGCUGGGACGAGAUGAUGGCGUACGCGGCUUCAUGUCGGUUCCAUUAUCCUGGACGGUGGAAGGAGAAGGAGAAGGAGAAGGAGAAGGAGAAGGGGAAGGAGACGAAUGAGAAAGAGAAAGAGAAACAGAAUCAAAGCAACACUCCCACUGAGAUCGAGACGGAAGAGAAGACAAAGCUGGCUGGAUCGCAACACAAGGCCCCCACGACCAACGCGACGGCCGAGAAGGGUCUAUAUCUCAAAGCCAACGAUCGACAGAGAGCAGCCAAGAGACCCGUGUUCGGAUACUGGAUCAGCGAAUACCUGCCCAAACAUCGCGACGAUCCGUCCAGCAAGGACGCGCAUUUGUCGAGAGACCAAGUCGUGGACGACGUGAAGAGGUAUUUCGGGCCUGAGUUCGCGCGUACGUUCGACGACCGCAGAAACAAGUGGGUGAGACAGAUCGGCGUGGAUCAGUUGUGGGCGGAUAUCAGGAGUCUGCCGGUCGAGGGCGUCGAGAUCGGGUAUGUCAUUAAAGGCAUGAAGCGAGAGAUUGCGUGCUGCGUCGAGGACAAUCCCGGCCUCGAUGACUCGGCGGAUGUGCGGAUAGCAUUUCUCCAGGGACGGUUUCAGGAUGUCUUGAGCUGGGCGAAGACGAAUUGUAGAGAGGUCGGGGAGAGGCAGAAGAUGCUGGAUAGGGUGAAGAGCCGUGCGCAUCUGAUUGAGAAGCGGAAGCAGGAUGAAGAGAAGGCGAAGGAGGAGGGGAAAGAAGUCAACGAUCAGAAUUCGAGUCAGAGUGGGCCGGAUGGCUCGAAGAAGCAGUGA